AUGUCUUUGAUCGAAACGCUUGCAAAGCUCAGGAGGACUAAUGUCACCAAGACAACCCACCGGGAACCGUACGCCGCAAUAUCGCCUACAAGACCAGGCCUCAGUCAAGCCGGAAAGGUUAUUCUGAUUACGGGUGGCGGCACAGGUGCAGGUUUUGCCAUGGCGCAAGCUUUCAUCCGCGCUUCAGCUUCCACAAUCAUCAUUACCUCCCGACGUGGUAAUGUACUCGAUGCCGCUCGGUCAAGGCUUGAGCAGGAGGCAAAUUUGGUUGGCGGAGGUACGAAAAUUGUUGCUAUUACUUGCGACGUGGUCAACCAAACUGAGGUUGACGCACUUUGGAAAGAGCUCGACGAACAGGGCAUCGCCGUUGAUGUCUAUAUCGCGAAUGCCGCGAAGUUCACGGAGGUUAAGCCGAUCUUGGAACUCGGGGCCGAAGAAGUCUGGUCGCAGGUCGAGACGAAUAUGAAGUCUCCUUUGUACUUCACUGAAAGGUUCUAUAAACAAGCAAGCGGAAAGCAGAAGUUCAUUUUGAACAUCUCAACAGCAUCGAUCCAUUCUACAACCGAGCCUGAGGUCAAGAUACGCCCGGCAUACACGCUGUCCAAACUCUCCGGGACACUCUUGUUUCAGCUGCUUGCUCAAGACCAUCCACAUGAGGAGAUGCAGAUAAUCAGCUUCCAUCCCGGACUCAUCUACAAUGAUUAUUGGAAAUCUUUGGAUCUCAAGCCAGAGGAUUUCGAUUCAGAAGAGCUCACUGGCGCAUUCGCAGUUUGGGCAGCUAGCAAGGAAGCUGCAUUCCUCCACGGUCGCUUUGUUUGGUGUUCGUGGGAUGUCGAGGAGUUGGCAACAGGAGAAAUUCGCAAGCGUCUUGACGAGGACUUUUACUAUCUUCGAACCUCGAUUGUUGGUCUUCGCGGGGGGUUUGUGGCUUGA